AUGACAGAGGCCAGAAAGCUGCCCCCACCACUGCCUCCAAGACUGGACUGGUUCGUGCAGACUCAGGUGGACCAGCUGACCUGUGGAGGGGUCCCUGAGUGGUUCCAUGGUGCCAUCUCAAGAGAGGAUGCCGAGAACUUGCUGGAGUCACAGCCACUGGGAUCCUUCCUCAUCAGGGUCAGUCACAGCCACGUGGGCUACACGCUCUCUUACAAAGCUCAGAACUGCUGCCACCACUUCAUGGUGAAACUUUUGGACAAUGGGAGCUUCAUCAUCCCUGGGGAAGAGAGAGCCCAUGCCUCUCUAGAUGCCUUGGUCACCUUCCAUCAGCAGCAGCCGUUGCGGCCACACGGGGAUCUGCUGACGCAGCCCAGCCAGCAGAAGGAUCCAGCAAAUGCGGAUUAUAAGGAUCUCUUCCUUUUCUCCAACACAUUGGCUGAGGAAGCCACCAGCUCUGCUCUUGGCCUCAGCAAACGUCAGAAUCCCUCCUCUUGUCCCAUGGCCCCACUUGAGGAGGCCUUCACAAACCCAGUCCUGCUCCAUCGGCGAAAAGAAAGGAAGCCGUUGGCAGAGCCGGGUGGGGCAUCCACGGAGAAAGCUACUACCUCCUGCCCCCCGAAAGCUCCUCUUGAGGAGGCCCACCAGAAAAUCUGGAGGAAUCUCAAAAUGCUCCCCCGGACAGGCAAGAAGGUCCAGCAGCAGCUGAAAUCCCAGCUGGAGGCUGCGAGCUCAUCACUCUGGGACGCCAAGCCAUCGGUGGUGACCCAUGGCUCUGGAGCUGGAGCAGGGGACUCAGCCUGGAAAAAUAACGUCUACACAGACCCCCAAGCUCCAAGAAACAAAGGUGAGCCCUCCAGGAAAGCCUCAAGGUCAGCCAGCUGGAGCGAGACAACCUCGAGGGUCAGGGACUGGCACCAGGCAGUAGUGAGGGCUCUGUCCUCACACGUGUCCAAACCGGAGCCAAGGGGCUUGAAAGAACCACAGGACUGUCUCCCUGAAGAGUACCGCUCACCGCCACCCUUCGCCCCUGGGUACUGCUAG